AUGACGUCUAUAUCAGUGAACCAGUUCGGUUUCAUGCCGGGCCGCUCCACUACAGAAGCUAUCCACCUUGUCAGGAGAUUGGUGGAACACUUCAGGGAUAACAAGAAGGACCUGCACAUGGUGUUUAUCGACUUGGAGAAGGCGUACGACAAGGUCCCAAGGGAGGUGCUAUGGAGGUGUCUGGAGGCGAAGAGCGUGCCGGAAGCCUACAUCAGAGUGAUCAAGGACAUGUACGAUGGAGCUAAGACUAGGGUUAAGACGGUGGGUGGCGACUCAGACCAUUUCCCGGUGGUUAUGGGGCUUCAUCAAGGAUCUGCACUUAGCCCUCUUAUUUGCUUUGUCCUGAUAGACGAGACGAGGGUCGGUGUUAACGAGAGGUUGGAGGUCUGGAGACAGACUCUCGAGUCCAAGGGUUUCAAACUAAGCAGGGCUAAGACAGAGUUCCUGGAGUGCAAGUUUAGCGCCGAGCCGAGCGAAGUAGGCAGGGACGUCAAGCUUGGAUCUCAGAGAAUGAAGGUUGCGGAGAUGAGGAUGCUCGGGUGGAUGUGCGGGCUCACCAGGUUAGAUAAGAUUAGGAAUGAAGUUAUUCGGGAGAAGGUGGGGGUGGCCCUAGUAGAUGAGAAGAUGCGGGAAGCGAGGCUCAGGUGGUACGGGAAUGUGCGGAGGAGAAGCCCCGAUGCCCCGGUGAGGAGUUGUGAGCGGCUGGCGGUGGUUGGCGCGAGCCGAGGCAGAGGGAGGCCCAAGAGAGUUUCUACUUCAAUGAGAUUACAAUAUGCUAAUCUCUCUACAAGAACAGAACCAAACCUAUAUCUCUUCUCCAUCCAACCACCUGCACCUUAUGUUUUGAAGAGGGUUGCUGCAGCUAAACAAAGAUUCCAGAACAUACAGAACUAG